AUGUUCGGAGCAAUACUCUUUUUGAUUAUACCAACAUUAAUAUCAUGUGCUAGCGAAGGGAACAUUCAUUUGUUAGAGGAAGAAAUAGCAGCUGCGAUUAGAGCUUGUACGCCUAACGAUAGUGUACAAAACACUAGUAAUACCAACCAUCGUAGUCGCCGUUCAAAUAAGGCUACAUGUGAUGAUGAAUUCCGACGCAUUGAUAGCAACACGAAGUUCACAAAUCCAUAUGACCACCAGAGGCGUAAUACAAGUGACAUGAUUGAACAGAAACAAAUUAUUAAUAUUACCAGCAUUGAUUUCAUUGGUUAUGAAAACCAAUCCGCUAAUGAGAAUUUUAACAGUUCAAGUCAAAGUUACGACAAUUCUGUUAACAGCACGAAUACGAACAAUUCUUCUUUAAAUAGGACUAAAAGAAAUGAACAUCUUUUAGAGAAAUCCAGAACAGAUGAGUGUCUCAGCCAGUGUGUGUUCAGUAAUUUGCAUGUGGUUGAUUCACGGGGCAUUCCGCGGGAAGCUGACUUUUGGAAUAAAGUUCAAACCUCCGUGACAUCGCAACGGUCCCGCACUUUAAUACAAGAUCAAAUUAGAGCAUGUUUUCAAGAACUACAAUCUGAUACUGAAGAGGACGGUUGCUCUUAUUCAAAUAAGCUUGAACGCUGCUUAAUGCUACGGUUCUCUGAUCGAAAGAAAGAAAUCACAAAAAGCAAGAAUUCAACCUAA